CGCUUCGCGAGCGAGGUCUGUCCUCCGCGAAGGCGCUGUUGGAGUGACCGAUCAGUAGAGUGCGAACGGCAGCGCGCGGAUCGUCAUUGAAGUAGCGGAUAACCUUCCUCUACUUCUAAGGAUCACGCCGUUUGAGAUGACAUCGAGUACUCCUAGCCCGUCGAAAUGGGCCGUCAUCCACCUGGCGUUUUUGGUGUAUUGGGCGGCGUGGCUAGUCGAGGGAUAUCCUCACGUUUCCACGGAGGAACCGCCGAACGGAAGUUCUUCGAAGCAGCAGAUCACGUUAUCAAUCUCGAAACUGAUCGAGACAGCGUAUAAUAAUAACGAAUUGGUAGCGCCGGCACAAUGGUUUGCGCGAACUGACGAUAAGGACCAAACGACCGAACAGAUGCAACGGGAUGCCAUGGAACAGUUGGAGCCCUCAAAUGACGAGACGAUGCAAUAUAGAAAAAGAAAAUUGUUAGAAGUGUCAAGCUCAGAGAUAUCAAUGCACAGACACUCGGAUGAGAUCGUUUUUCCAGAUGGCACAAUUUCGUCGUCGACGUUGUCAUCAAUGACGUUACCAGCACCGUCCUGUCACAAAAGCACAUUCUGCGAAAAUGUCGUCGAUUAUCCCAGACAUCUGAUAAAUCAGGCGAUAGCACGGAACGCCAGUUUGAGAUUCCUGGAAAGCGUCGAUCCGAUGCCUGAUAUUGAACAGAGGAUAGAUGCUACGGAUGAAUCUCCGCUUUGCCAAUAUCGCGAGCAAGUGGUAUACCCGCAGACCGCGCAGAACAAGGCGAAGGAAUGGCUAUUCAUCGUAAAUCAGGAUAAUUUAAAGCAAGGAAUACGCAUCGAGGUUUGCCUAAACGACGGUCAGGAAUGUAACUUGAUCGAUGGCUUCGCCGAGGGUUACAAGACCACCUGCAAACAAAAGUAUAUCUAUCGAGAAUUGGCGGCAGUGGGGAGCAAUGGUAACAUCAUCAAGGACCAAUUCCGCUUUCCGUCAAGUUGUUGUUGUCACGUGAGAUUCACCGGUGAUCCUACCGUCAGAAUAGGACUAGGACUAGAUUUGCAACCCAAUCGGACCUUGAGAACACAAUAUAAAUAGAGUAUCUCCUCUAUUGUGCGAACACGCUUUAAAAAUAAUCAGGACGAACGAGGAGAGAACGUAGCGGAGCAGCUCUUUUCUUCUCAUUCGCAUGUUCGCCUAUGCAGACAUUUGGCAAAUCACAUAUUCGCACGAUAGACUCACACACAAGAUGACUUCGAUCAUACUUUGAUUAAUUUUAUUAAAUAAUAUCGAGAAUUAAUCAACUAUCGUUAAUGAUAAAAUUAAUUUUU